AUGGCAGUUUACGCCUCUCAGCUCGGGUCUAAGGUACCCUUCACGAACAAUGCCCCCGUCCUGCCAACCCAUGCGCCUCCAGCUGGCACGUUCUUGCCAGGCACGAAAGUCCAGGUGGGAGAUCACCGGGUUAUCAUCGAGCGCUAUCUUUCCGAGGGUGGCUUUGCCCAUGUCUAUGUUGUUCUGCUCCCUCGGCCCGUCGAUGGGAAUCAGAAAGCCGUGCUCAAGCGAGUGGCCGUGCCUGACAAGGAGCACCUGGCCAACAUGCGGACAGAAGUUGAGACCAUGAAAAGACUGCGGGGCAAAAAGCAUAUCGUCAAGUAUAUUGAUUCGCACGCUUCCCAGCUGAAAGGCGGUGGAUACGAGGUGUUUCUGCUCAUGGAAUUUUGUCAGGGGGGAGGGCUCAUUGACUUCAUGAACACUCGGCUACAGAACAGGUUGACCGAGCCCGAAAUCCUGAAGAUCUUUACGGAUGUGGCCGAAGGAGUUGCGUGCAUGCACUACCUGAAACCCCCGUUGCUGCACCGGGACCUCAAAGUCGAAAAUGUUCUCAUUUCCACGAAUGGCUCAUCUAGGAUAUAUAAACUGUGUGAUUUUGGCUCGGCUGCUCCUGCCCGACCGGCCGCUACGAGCGCUGCAGAAGGACGUCUCAUUGAAGACGAUAUCAACCGCCAUACGACCUUACAGUAUCGCAGUCCGGAAAUGAUUGAUGUCUACCGAAAACAACCCAUUGACGAGAAAGCGGAUAUUUGGGCCCUUGGGGUAUUUCUGUAUAAGCUGUGCUAUUACACGACGCCAUUUGAAGAAGCAGGGCAGAUGGCGAUACUGAACGCAAAGUUCAAGUUUCCCGGCUAUCCACGAUUCUCCGACCAAUUGAAACUGCUCAUUGCUUCGAUGCUUCGGGAACGACCGACAGACCGGCCCAAUAUCUAUCAGGUGCUCCAAAAGGCGUGUCAAUUGGACGGCCGGGAAUUGGCCUUUGAAAACAUAUAUGCCCGUCGGACGCAGUCAGAGAGUCGCAAAGACCAAGUGCUUCCACAGCCGUCCAGUUCACAGUCUAGGGCCGGGGCCACCUUGUCUCCUCCCAAGCCGACAGCUCCUCCAACUGUUCCUGAUAUCGAGCCAAUGCGACGGGGACGGCCUACCAAACCUGUAUCUCACCAUGGCUCCGCAAAACCAAGCCCCUCGCCUCUCCGAAUGAUGGACGAUUCACACCCUGAUCCCUUUGCAGCGCUGGACGGAAACAAGGCUUCUGUCGAAGAUGAGCUUUCCUUAAGGUUCCCAACAUUGGAUCAGUUCUCGUUAAUGACGGACAAGGGCCAAAAGUUUGCGUUCGAAUCUCAAUCGGAGAAAAAGAGAGAACCUGUCGAGGCGGACUUGGCUCAACGAGUUACUAAUGCUCUCGCCGACGAGGCAUUUGCCAGGCCUCCCAGCCCACCGAAGCCGAAACCAACCACAGAAAAGCCGGCGCCCAUUAGCAAAUCGCAGACCGUGUUGCUGCAUAAAAAGUCCCUAGAAAGCAAAGAGUCGCAAGCACGAGCGAACCUCGUUAAUCCACCACCGGUCACAGCCCCCAAACCCUCUAUGGUGUCCACUGGCACCAUGACGACUCCUUCACAACCUCCUACGACGGAUGCCAAACCAUUUCCAAAUCGUCCAAUACAGCGCUUCCUCCCUCACGAACAGCCGCCGAAAGUGGCAGUGGCGGUGACGCAGAAAUACGAGACCAUGGAAUUACCUCCUCGGGAGCCCCGACCCUCUCGCAACAAAGACGUAUCAAGGCUUGCAAAUCUACUUCGAGAAGAUGGGUACAGGUCACAACUUGCUGGGGAUCUGGAGCAAAGGUCGCCCACGUCAUCACGCCCAUCUCUGGAGGGUGGUCGUCCGACUAUGCGAGAACUCAAUUCUGGAGUGAGCAGGUCAAGGUCACUCAAUUUCCGAAACCGACCCGCCAGCGUUAACAUCGGGGCGAGACCGACUCACAUCAAAGACACGGAAAUCAAAAGCCUUGACUACGACGCCACGUUCAAGAGUGCAGAGCCUGAAAUGGCGCCCUUGACGCAUGUCGAAUCCGCCACAAACAUUGCCUCAGACGUGGAUUUCCUUAGGGCCAAAGAAGAGGAAGAGAAGUCGCGCCGGCACCAUAGGAGAUUGGGCAGUGGCUCAAGACAUCUCAAACGAGCCAGUUUGCCAUCAAUCGUCCCUAAUAUCGCGGGCACGACCAAAUUGUUGGCAGGCAAGUUUGGAGACGCUUUCAAGAUGUUUGAGAGCAACAUCGACCCUACUCAUCACCGACAGCGAAGUGACUCACCCUCCCGCGACCCUAUCAACAUUCUCACCCCAAUUGCAGGCUCUGAGGCGACGGAUCUCAGCGAUGACCGUCAGCCGUGGGAUGACAUGGAGGAUUUGUCCCCCGAAAUGAGACGGGAGAUGGAAAAGCGCAAACUCGAGGCGGAAGAAAGAAGAGUAGCUCAGGCAGCCGCAGAGUAUAGACAGCGACUAGCAGCAAGAGGAGGCGGAGCUGUGGGCAGCAGUGGAGGUGUAGGACGGUCAGCAACCAUUCAGAACCGAGUGAAGUCGCUACUGAGCGAAAAUGAUCGGCCUGCGCAAAAGACAGCCACCGGCUAUGGCCAUUACACGGAAUCUCCAGCCCCUCAGCAGCACGGUCACUCGGACGAUAGACGGCCACAUCAACCGUCCCGGGCACCCCAAGCUCAUCAAUUAACCGGCAAACUGGAACGACACGGCAUCCCGGAAGUGGUGGCGUCUGCACCAGCCUCGUUGACAGAUCUUUCCCGAGUUGACCCCCGAGGACAGAAGCCCACUGCGCCGCCGAAACCAAAGGUGUUGCGGACAGGCGGCGUAGGGGAGUCGGCGGCGGUGAGUACGAGUGAAGUCAAUGCCCCAGCGGCGACCGAGGUGGAUGAAGACUGGGAGACCAACUUCAGCAAGCGGUAUCCCAGUCUGGCCGGCAUUGAAAUGGUGGAGACCUCGAUAGACGGGCCGAAGAACACCAGCUCCGUGCGCACCAAAGAAGUAUAA